CAUGAAAUUUCUUCAAAUAUUGCUAAUUGCUAUUGUUGCAACACUUGCGCUGCUGCUGCAAAGCGUCAAAGCUAUGCCGAUCCCUGAACUUGAAGCAAAACCACUGUUGCUAGUCAAACUGGAUGCAGAGCCACCAAUGGAUGCACGAGAUGAGGCUACAGCCAUAACACUGAAAGCGGAGCUGCCGUCAGAUCUUCAGGCAGAAAAUAUAAAUCCAGAGCUAGAUGCUCCACUCAUACCAGUUGCUGGCCGAGAAGCAUUUGGAAAUCUUGAUGACUUGGUGCCUGAUGCUCCAGUGGAUCCAAUGUCAACAUAAAGUAGCAACACUAUUGAAAAAUAAAUGCACACACACACACACACAGACUAAGGCAUAGACUUAUGUAAUGAUUAUAAUUUGUAUGCAAAGGCAGUCAAUAAA